AAAGAUUGUUGUUUUUCUGCCUGUGAUUUUGUUUAUACUUAAUAGGUUUAAUCUGGUCAUCUGGGUGGAGUUAAAUUAGCAGCAUGGAUAAGCUUCAAGCUGGGCCCAAGUAUAAGUACCGAGCCCACCCAUUAGAGCCAAAAACUCUGUUCUUUUACUUAGGGUGUCUUCCAUGUUUUGGAGGAAGAUGAUUCCUGUGUAUUUGGAUUUUUUUUUUUAAAAUUUUUGGCUUAUUUAAUGCUGCCUAAGAAACAGAAUCAAGGACAAACUAAACCACCUGCCAUGUGCUGGCUGUACAUUUCAAUAUUGGUAUAAAACAAAGGCUGAGACAAAAAUCAUAAGGGCUCUACCAUGUGACCUCUCAUCAUUGGUCUUCAACUGUGUGCUAAUUAGGAAGCAAUUAGGCAUUGAAAUCGGUGUCAUUGGACUGGUAAUACACUAGGUCAUACAAACACAUUGGACCGAGAGCACUGGCUUAUGUGAACUGCAUUGGUUGCCAUGCAGUCUUUUACUAAUAUCUGCAAAAAUUACAGACUCUGAAUGUUUGUUAUUUCCUUAACAAAUCCUUUUUAGCAAGAAGCCGGUGUCACUAACUUGGAAUCCCAAUCCAAUGGAUUAAAGAGUUUUUAUGGGGGGAUGUACACAGGAAAGAGAGUAUUCCCGUAUAGCAUUGGAACUUACUGCUCUGGAGUCAAACAAGACUGGAGACUAGUCACUCUGGGAAUCUGCUUUUGCUCAAAUUUUCAUGUUGGUGUGUACCGAUGUACUUCUGAUUCUCUCACAUAGUGCCUAGUAGUGCUUGCCAAUCCUAUGGACCUCCACUGCCUCAUUCCCCAGGUUAAUAACGGGCUUGUUGUGAACUUGGACUCUCAAAAACCGAAGUAUUCUAAUUGUUUAUAGAAAAUAUGGGUCUUGUUUAGAUAGUUUGCAAAUGAGACAUGAACACUUGGCCAUUGGCAAUAGUAUAACGGUGCAACCGUAUUGCUUAUGGGAAGGAGUGCAGCUGCUGGUGGGAGAAUGAGCUCAUGCUACUAUAACUGAACGGUACACUUAGCUUAUUUCAUAUUAGUAUUAGGAGCUGCUUGAAGAACAUAGAUAGUGGUUUCUGCUUUGCCAAAAUGUCUGCAAGUGCAAAGUUCCUUCAUGGAAUAUCUGAUGAUCCCCAACUUGAAAAGCAAAUGGAGAAGCAAAUUGGGUGCAUGGCGGGAUUUCUCCAGUUGUUCGAUAGACACCAGAUUCUCACUGGCAAGCGGUUGUAUGGACCAAAGAGACUUGUUGCAGCAGGUCACACGGGCUCCAGCAACUCCAAACUUGAUGCUGCAGUGGCUUCUGCUCAAAAUGUGACAAGUGAAGAUAGUCGCAAGCAUCCACUGGAUUCGUGUGGCAGUUCUAAUGCAGCUUCAAGGGCAUCUUCUAUGGACUGCAAUGACAGUACAUGUCAAUCCUUUCUUUCCAAAGAACAGAUGCUGCCUGAGAAUUUCUCAACAGCUAGAAUAGCCCUCCAAUCCAGAGCAAAGGAGAAUUCAUCAUCGCUCUUGCCGGAUAACAAAGAUGCAAAAGCAGCACACGUUUCCAACAAUUCCAGGGCUCCAAUUCUUUCUAGGGACCAACCAAGGUUCUCUCUUGAUUCAUCUAGGCAUUCACUUGAUAUAAGAGAUGUGGUUAGAGAUACAUUUUAUAGAGAUUCCCCAAAACCAUUUAUGGAUACAAGAGUCCAAAACAAAAAAGAAAUGAAUAAAUAUAGUGCCAAAAACAAAUCUUCGAUGGAUGGGAAGGUAACUGCAACUACUGGUAAAGAGCCCAUUAGCAUGUCACCGAAGUCCCUGCCAAAGAACAGAGAACAACUUCAAGCAUCACAUGAACUGGCUGCAAAAUCAGUCAUGGAUGCUAACCUGAAAAAAGCUUCAGGGAACUCUGAGGAUAGCCAAGGACUUAAGAAAUUCCCUCGAGGAUCAAAAGAAUCUCUCCAGUCAUCACAUGAUAGCAGAGAAAUAGCUAGAGCAUCCUUUUUUGAAUGCAAAGAUGCCCUUAGCUCCUCUUUCAAACUGAGAGAAGCCCCUAGGCUCUCCUUGGACAGCAGAGCUCACCUUGGAGGAGGCUUUUAUGGAAGAGAAAUUACAAAUGAUAAGCAAGGAAUAGAUGUGAGUGGUCACAACCAUGGUAAUCUAAAUUCAAAUGUAGAAGAGAUGAAUGAUGGGAAAAAGCGAUCUCCCAGUGUUGUUGCACGCCUUAUGGGAUUAGAAGCAUUUCCUGGUUCAAAUUCAACAUCUCAGAAAAGGGCAGAACUGAGGCGAUCUGCUUCAGAGUCAAGGGUUACCUAUGAUAUCCUUCGCUCUCAGCACAAUGAAGGAAAGAUUUUUUCUCAGUUCAAGACUCCCAAGGAGGCUAAAAACAAUCAUGAUCAUAAAUCUGUUGAGAAUGCUGCUUCUAGACAGAGCUUCCCAUCUACAAAGCAGAAAGACAGCAGUGCUUUUGUUUUGUCAAAGACCCCUAAAACCCCCCAAAGCAGAAGCCAUUAUGAAGAAGACAAAAGAAAGGAAGCAGAAACAAUAGAGAAAAAGCUUCAGUUUCCAGAGGGGAGUGUUUGCAGUUCAUUACAACCUCACUCUAAACAAAAGACAGCAGAUCCAAGACCUGUCAAUACCCACAGGUACCCAAUUGAAGCUGCUCCAUGGAAACAACGAGAGGGUUGGCAGAGUUAUCAACAAAAUGCCUUUGGAGCCUGGAGCUUUUCUCCAGAACGAAAAAAGAACAGCUCACAAGGGACUUAUGAUCUCUACAAUGAGAUUGAGAACAGGCUUAAACAACGAGGCCUCGAAGGAUCUGGCAAGGACUUUGAAACUUUGAAGCAAAUUGUGGAAGCUGUGCAACUGAAGAGCCUUCAAUAUUCUGAAAAAGACAGGGGACUGAAUCACAAUCAGCAGUCAAGCUUCUUUCAUCAAGGUGGACUUGAUGAAUUCAAUUAUACACCAAGGACAAGGAUAUUCUAUGAAGAAAACUCAUUGUUACAACAGCGAGAAACACAAGAUAAGAUUGCAAAAUCUUUUGAAGCUCCUAUAGUUGUAAUGAAGCCUGCAAAGCUACUGAGCAAUUUAAAAUCUCCACGAGCUUCACAAUCUCUCCCUAAUCAGCGUGAGAAAGUUGGCAAUGCUUCAUCACAGAUUGGCUACAGGGGAAAAGGUGAUAGGGCUUCCAGUCCUAGUAACAACACAAAAACUAGAGAACCUGUGGACAAUUGUGGAAAUGAUAUUGCUUCAACUGUUAGGCAAAGACGGGAACGCAUCACAAAUGAGGCUUUGCAAAGAGAGCCUAACUCGAGGAGGCCUCAGCUAUAUGUAUCUCCUCCUGCUGCUGCAAGAUCACCACAACCUUCUCAUGCUUUGAGCUCUAUGAAGAGUCCGAAUUCUCCAACCCAAAACAAGCAAAGAAGUACAAAGGCUGAAAAUGAAAGAAUGGCUAAGCAUUCCGGAAGCCCAACGAAACAAAGGGAUACCAGCAGAAGUUCCUCACCGUUACAGUCUCCAAAGUCCGCAAGACAAACUACUGGGAAAAAAAAUGGACCAGACAAAGAAAACAGCUUUUCUCGCAACAAAAUGAAGAUCAAGGAAACAUUUGCUACAGAGCUUGGUGAAAAUGAACUGAAUUUGAGCUCGAAUAGUCCCUUGGUAGAUGAAGUUUCCCUGCUCUCAGAAAGUAACAGAAGUACAACAUCUCUAAUGGAAAUGGAGAAGUCAGAUUCAACCAAAACCGAGGAUGAUGGAAGCUGUGAUGCAGAAACAAAUUAUAUUGGAUCAAAAGAUUCAUAUCACUGCGACAAAUCAUUGGGCUCUACUGAGGUUCCUGAGCAGCCAAGCCCAGUAUCUGUUCUUGAUUCCUCUUUCUACAAGGAAGACUGCUCUCCAUCUCCUGUCAUGAAACGUUCGAUAACUUUCUCAGAGGAGAGAAAUGAUGAUUCUGAUCUAGGCAUCUCCCAUUGCUUGAGCUUUAUUACCAAUCAACAAUGCCAAUUGGAUGACCUGAAGCUUGAUGAACCUCUUGAUUUUACUCACAAACUACAUUGCAAUUCAGCUAUAGGGAUCCAGGAGGCUGGAAUGGAUACCAUAAGGCUCAAACUGGAAUCCAACAGCGUAAACCGCAGUCACGGCGAGAAGAAGCCUAAUCCUACCUAUUCCUACAUUGCAGAAAUCCUCCUAGCUUCAGGGCUUCUAGAAGACACCGAAGCGUAUCCAGUUGUGUACCAUUCAUCUGUUUCUCCAAUUGACCCCCAGCUGUUUUCUGUCUUGGAACAGAGACAUUCAUUUUCAGAGACUCGGAAUGGCCAGGGUCAGGUUUACACUCAAAAGAAGAAGAUGACCUACAUUGAGCAAUCAAAUAGAGAGCUUACAUUUAGUACUGUCAAUGAUAUCUUAUGCACAAAGCUGUCUCCUUACCUGAAUCUUCGGCCAUGGAUGUGUUCUGCCAAAAAGAUUCAGAGAAAAAGACCCACAGGACAAGAGCUUCUGAAAGAGGUAUGGGAUGAUUUUCAAGGUCUGCCCACUAUUCCCUCAGAGGACAUUUGUGAAACCUUACUCAGGAUGCUUCAAAAGGAUUUUGCAAGGGAUGUAGAUUCAUGGGAUGAUCAUGCAGCUGAGAUUGCAGGGGCUGUGUUAGACAUUGAAAGAAUGAUUUUUAAGGACUUGAUAGAUGACACUAUUAGGGAAAUGGGUGCUGUGGGCAGUAAAUGCUUGGCUUCCAUGCCAAGAAAAAAACUCUGCUUUACUUGAGUUGAAACUUUGUACAGAGAUAUAUAUGUUGUUAGUUGCCCUUCUGAAAUAAAAUAUAGAGGUCGGAUUGAGAGUGUCCUAGGAGCAGGAAAGUUAGUUAUUUCAGUUUGAUGUUUCUAUUUUAUUUUAUUUGUAAAGAAAUUGGGUGAGGUGGGGGCUUAUUUCCUUGGAAAGUGAGGUAUAAAAGGUAAAGGUGUUUUUUCUUAA